CAGGGGGAUAGAGUAAAGAGAGACUCCAGAGUGAGUGACGCUGGUUGUGGCAACUGGCAACAAACCAACAGUAAUGUCUCUGGUUAUGGCAGCUUCAUCUCCAUUAUUUUUCUCACCUUCUCUACUUCCAUGGCUUCCUCGCCAUCACCAACUACACCGUCAAUGUCACUAUGGAACUACUUCUAUUCCUAGACCUAGUAGCCUAAUUCUGUCUCCUCGUUACUCACUUCAAAUGUCUGUGUCAUCCUCAAUUACAAGUACCACCACUUCUACUUCCACUCCUCCUUCUGGAAAAGUUUUGGAGGUGAGCGAAAUCAAAGAGAAAUCCCGUAAAUGGCUGUGGAGAGACCGCUACUCAAUCAAUUACUUGGUUCAACCUCCAUUAUCGGGAAGCGGAGAUGUUCGCCGCCCACCUUUGCUCCUUGUACAUGGUUUUGGUGCUUCUAUUCCUCACUGGAGAAGGAAUAUCACAACGUUGGCCCAAGAUCACACGGUCUAUGCAAUUGAUCUUCUUGGAUUUGGUUUAUCUGAAAAGCCAGCAGGAUUUAUGUAUACUAUGGAAGUUUGGGCAGGGAUCACUCCACUUGGCUCAUUUUCAACAGUUGAUCUUGGAUUUCCUGAAUGAAGUUGUUCAAGAGCCAGCUGUUCUUGUAGGCAAUUCUGUCGGAAGUCUUGCCUGUGUAAUUAGUACCUCAGAAUCAUGUCAAAGAUCUAAACCUCUUGUCAAGGGACUUGUCUUGUUAAAUUGUUCUGGUGGCAUGAAUAACAAAGCAAUUGUCGAUGAUUGGAGAAUCAAACUGCUCUUACCUCUACUUUGGUUGGUCGACUUUCUCCUGAUGCAAAAAGCUAUAGCAUCAGCUAUCUUUGAACGUGCGAAACAAAGAGAGAACUUGCGCAAUGUCUUAAUGUCUGUCUACGGUAAUAAAGAAUCUGUUGAUGACACAUUGGUUGAGAUCAUUAAGGAACCUGCCGAUGAUGAAGGUGCACUGGAUGCUUUUGUUUCAAUCAUAACCGGACCUCCAGGACCAAGUCCAGUCAAGUUGAUGCCCAAAAUUUUAGUACCUACUCUGGUUUUGUGGGGUGAUCAAGAUCCAUUUACUCCACUUGAUGGUCCUGUCGGUAAAUACUUCAUGGCGUUGCCUUCAAGCAACCCAAAUGUGACUCUUUUCGUCCUCAAUGGUGUCGGGCACUGUCCUCAUGAUGAUAGACCUGCUCCCGUCCAUGAAAAGUUGCUUCCCUGGUUGGCUGAUCUUCCUGCUGCUUAAGACUUUAUACAUAGUUUUUUGUAUUAUUUCGUUUCAAAGAAUUACAUUAUUGUUAUACUAUGUAUAGCAAGUUUCUCUUCUCAAUGAAGGCAAUCAAAGAAAUAAGGGUAGCAAAGGUAAAACCAGGCAAAAGUCUUGUAUAGAAUUAUGCGAUUAAUACAAUUAUUUGCAACAAAUUCCAUCUUUUCUGCAACAAAUUCCAUCUUUUCUGGGAUA